GCAGCGCGUGAUGGCACCGUGAGCGCGCGCACGGACGGGCUUGCACGUGAGCGCGCUCUCUCCUCGCGGGUCUUUUGCCAGAAGACACCUGAGCGGUAGCUAUCGGAGCGUGAACCGCAGCGCGCGGGCGCGCCUUCCUCUCUCUCUCUCUCUCUCUCUGCCUCUCUCUCUCUGUCUCUCUUUCUCUCUCUCUUUCUCUGCUCUGCUCGUGCACGCGCUCCUGCGCCAUGGCGCUCACCAUCUGCACGAGAUUCACGGAUGAGUACCAGCUGUUCGAGGAGCUCGGCAAGGGGGCAUUCUCGGUGGUCCGGCGGUGUGUGAAGAUUUCCUCCGGUCAAGAAUAUGCUGCCAAAAUCAUCAACACCAAGAAGCUCUCUGCCAGAGAUCACCAGAAACUGGAGAGAGAGGCCAGAAUCUGCCGACUCCUCAAACACCCCAAUAUCGUUCGGCUCCAUGACAGCAUUUCAGAGGAGGGUUUCCACUACCUGGUGUUUGAUUUGGUUACAGGAGGAGAGCUGUUCGAAGAUAUAGUAGCCAGAGAGUACUACAGCGAGGCUGACGCCAGUCACUGUAUUCAGCAGAUUCUGGAGAGUGUUCAUCACUGCCAUGUUAACGGGAUCGUCCACAGAGAUCUGAAGCCAGAGAAUCUGCUGUUAGCGAGUAAGCUGAAGGGGGCAGCGGUGAAGCUGGCCGAUUUCGGUUUGGCCAUAGAGGUUCAGGGGGAGCAGCAGGCCUGGUUCGGCUUUGCUGGAACCCCUGGAUAUUUAUCUCCGGAGGUGCUGCGGAAAGAUCCGUAUGGAAAACCGGUGGAUAUGUGGGCCUGCGGGGUCAUCCUGUACAUCCUGCUGGUGGGGUAUCCUCCGUUCUGGGAUGAAGAUCAGCAUCGUCUGUAUCAGCAGAUCAAGGCUGGCGCGUACGACUUUCCGUCUCCGGAGUGGGACACAGUGACUCCUGAAGCCAAAGAUCUGAUUAAUAAAAUGUUGACCAUCAACCCGUCCAAACGCAUCACUGCCGCCGAGGCUCUCAAACACCCCUGGAUCUGUCAACGCUCCACCGUGGCAUCUAUGAUGCACAGACAGGAAACAGUGGAGUGUCUGAAGAAAUUUAACGCCAGGAGGAAGUUAAAGGGUGCCAUUCUGACCACUCUACUGGUCACCAGAAACUUUUCAGCAGCGAAGAGUUACCUGAAUAAGAAGUCAGACGGAGUGAAGGUCAACAACAAAACCAACAUAGCCAGCAGCCCCAAAGACACAGGCCCCGCCCCAGCACUGGAGCCUCAGACUACAGUCAUUCAUAACCCUGUAGAGAGGAACAAGGAAUCAACAGAGAGCGCCAACACUACAAUAGAGGAGGAGGACGUGAAAGCCUGCCAUGUAAUCAGUAAAGCCAGAAAGCAGGAGAUCAUCAAAGUGACGGAGCAGCUCAUCGAGUCCAUCAACAGCGGAGACUUUGAGGCUUAUUCUAAAAUCUGCGACCCUGGCCUGACGUCCUUCGAGCCUGAAGCUCUGGGGAACCUGGUGGAAGGCCAUGAUUUCCACAGGUUCUACUUUGAGAAUGGUCUGUCUAAGGGUAACAAGCCGGUCCACACCAUCCUGCUGAACCCUCACGUCCACCUGAUCGGCGAGGACGCCGCCUGCAUCGCCUACAUCCGCCUGACGCAGUACAUGGACGGCAGCGGCCGGCCGCGCACCAUGCAGUCCGAGGAGACCCGCGUGUGGCACCGCCGCGACGGCAAAUGGCAGAACAUCCACUUCCACCGCUCCGGCGCCCCCAGCGUGCCCAUCAAUUAACAGAAUCAGUUCCAGCUGAAGAGGACCAUCUUGUGCUAAAGCCUGAACUUCGACCCCAGACCCACCUGCCCAAGCACCAUCUCCUUUACACCUGUACUGCCCCCCGCCCCCCCCGCCGGCGGGUCAAUCAGACACAAACGGACAUUAUCUUAUCAAAGGGAGUGAAUUUUUAACAUUUUAUUUUGUGUUUGUUUUUCUUUCUUAAGCUGUUUUGGUAUGCAUUUUAAAUGUAUAGAAAUGUAAAGAUAGCCUUGCCCCUUCCACCCAAAGCCCUGCCCCUUCCACCCAAAGCCCUGCCCCUUCUGCCCCAACCCCACCCCCUCUGAGUCUAAACUGUAUUUUUAUGUCUGUUUAUGUGUGCGUGCGUGUGGGUGUGUGUGUGCGUGCAAUAUAUCAACAUUUGAAAGAUAAGAAUGUUAAUAUUAAGCUUGCUGUUGUCAUGGUGAUGUACAUAUCGUUGUGGUUGUUAC